CCCGGCGCCCUUAAAGGGACAGGAAUCUCUGUAACCUUCGGGGAUACACAGGAGCUGGAACGGAGAAGCGGCUGAAGCUCACCAUGGCCAGACGCCUGCAGGCCCGCAGACUGGAGGGCACGGAGCACAACCCCUGGGUGGAGUACGUCAAGCUGGCCAAAGAGUACAAAGACAGCGUCAACUUGGGCCAGGGCUUCCCAAACUUCCCUCCCCCAGACUUUGCCUUAGAAGCCUUUCAGCAGGCUGUCACCGCGGACCACAUGCUCAACCAGUACACCUCGGCAUUUGGCCACCCACCGCUGACAAAGGUCCUGGCAAGUUUCUUCGGGAAGCUGCUGGGACGGGAGUUGGACCCCGUCACGAAUGUGCUGGUGACCGUGGGAGCCUAUGGGGCUCUGUUCACAGCUUUCCAGGCACUGGUGGAUGAAGGAGACGAGGUCAUCAUCAUUGAACCUUUUUUUGACUGUUACGAGCCUAUGACACUGAUGGCUGGGGGUCAUCCUGUGUUUGUGUCGCUGAGGCCGGUGAGAUGCUGGAGCCCCAGCCAGGAUCAGGACCUGGAUUCCAGCAGCAGCUGGCAGCUGGAUGCCACGGAACUGGCCAGCAAGUUCACACCUCGCACCAAAGCCCUGGUCCUCAAUACCCCCAACAACCCCCUUGGAAAGGUGUUCUCCACGGCGGAGCUGCAGCUGGUGGCCAGCCUGUGCCAGCAGCAUGACGUGCUGUGCAUCAGUGACGAGGUGUACCAGUGGCUCGUCUACGACACGCACGAGCACGUCAGCAUAGCCAGCCUCCCUGGCAUGUGGGAACGGACCCUGACCAUCGGCAGUGCUGGCAAGACCUUCAGUGUCACUGGCUGGAAGGUGGGCUGGGUCCUGGGUCCCGAUAACAUCAUGAAGCACCUGCGGACUAUGCACCAGAACUCUGUCUACCACUGUGCUACUCAGGCCCAGGCUGCUGUAGCCCAGUGCUUUGAGCGGGAGCAGCUCCUCUUUGGCCAGCCCAGCAGCUACUUUGUGCAGCUCCCUCGGGACAUGCAGCGUUGCCGGGACCACAUGGUUCGCAGCCUGCAGUCUGUGGGCUUCAAGCCCGUGGCCUCACAGGGCAGCUACUUCCUCACCGUGGACAUCUCAGACUUCAAGAGCAAGAUGCCUGACCUGCCUGGUGCUGCUCAUGAGCCCUACGACAGAUGCUUCGUCAAGUGGAUGAUCAAGAACAAGGUAGGCUGGACCUCUGCCUGCGCGCCUGGUGGCCAAGGGUGCCCGUCCAAGAGGGUCUGGCGGCCAUUCCGGUCUCCAUCUUCUACAGCAGGCCACAUCAGAAGGACUUCGACCAUUACCUCCGCUUCUGUUUUGUGAAGGGGGAAGCCACAUUCCAGGCCAUGGACGAGAAGCUGCAGAAGUGGAAGGCUGAGCUCGAGUUGUGAGGUCGCUCAGGGCCUAACAGCACCCUUGUCCCGGUUCCAGCGAUCCCCACAUCAGGGAGCUGGUACUGGGUGACCGCUGCUCUGUGAUCCAGUCUUUCCUAGCUACAAGGCUGCCACGGUCUGGGUGUCAUCUGUCCUCUCCCGCAGUGCCAGGAACUCCUGUGUCAGGACGAGGGUUCUGAGAGCUCUCUGCCCCUCCCUGGGUCUGUUGGUGGCACUUGGGUCUCUUCUUGUUUCCCAUGUCUUUGCUGGGGAAAACUGGCCCCAUUGUAGCCCUUGAGUCCCAGCCCUGUACCCCAUGCUUUCCUAGCCCCAGCUGGCAUUCAGGCAUCACCUCUACCUUUCCACAUUUAACCUUGGCCUCAGGAAGUUCAAUUCAGUCUUGAGUCUUUUUCUGCCUGUAAUAAAAUUUUAAAUUAUUCAAACUCUAA